AUGCCUCAUAUUGACUCGCCUCCCAUGAUUCCAGUCAUGGUCAGCAGCAAGUCUGCAGCUCCGUCGCCAGACGACGUGCAGCAAAUUACGAAGACGAUUUACAGCGCGAAGCAAUCGCAGGAGUCGCUCGACGCAGCCUACACACUCACCGAUGUCCUUCUCAACAGUGUCGGCUUCCGCGGUCUCACUGCAUACAGCAUUCUACCCGAAAUCGUCAAGUCGGCCACCAACAAGAAAGAUGCGGCGAGACGAGAGGGGUCCAUGUUUGCGCUCGGCGCAAUUUUUGAGCGAUUUCCGCCCAAGGCUAGGCUGAGCGAGGUGGUCUUUUUACUACAGGAGCCAGGCCUCAUUUCAUGUGCGCUGGACCUAUAUGCAGAUCGACAGUCCUCUGUGAGAGAGGGUGCGAAAUAUGCACUCGAUGCACUGUAUGGACACUUGUCAGCCGAAGCGAAAGUGUUCGGACUUAUGCCGCUCGUCAUGGAAUACCUUCGCAAAGUCUCUGGCAAGUGGCAGGGCGCCAUCGGAGGCCUCGAGUUCUUAGGUCGCAUGGCAGAUGAUGCGAAGAUGGGCAUGGAGAGCCGCGAAGUCGAGGAGAACAAAGAUGUGCUGCGUGAGGCCAUGGGUAGGCAGCUGGCAGGUCUCAUCCCUAUCGUCGAGGCUGGUAUGCACGAUCUCAAGGCAGAGGUCACGAAACAGGCCUUGAAGACCAUGAACAGCUUGACCGAGCUGCUCCAGAACGACGAUGUGGCUCCUCGGAUACCUUUGUUGGUCAAGAGCAUUGAAGACCCGAGCAUGGAGUCCUUGAAGAAGGCUGUCCACGCUUUGAGCCAGACUACAUUCGUCACAGUCGUCACAUCCCCAGUGCUCGCACUAGUCACGCCAACUCUGGAGCGUGUUCUGAACAACCCAGGAACCACACAGGAAGUGCUGCGACAAACUGCCGUGGUCGUGGAGAACUUGACGAAGCUUGUUCAUGACCCAGUGGAAGCCCGAACUUUCCUGCCCAAGCUCAAACCGGGAAUUCAAGGUAUCAAAGAUCGCGCUUCUCUUCCUGAGGUGCGUGAAAUUGGCGCAAGAGCUUUGGACGUCAUGCUCAAGGCUAUGGGUGAGAUUCAGACCGGAGACUCAACGAAAGCCGGUGUAAUCAUCGAUCGCACCAAGCCCGAGGAGGUUGAGGCGGUGCUGGAGAAAGAGGUCCAACAAAACGGUGGUCUGCUCAACUAUCCUGGCGACGCAGAAGUAUGGGUCCUUGCGAAGCGUUACAUCGCGACUCUGGUUGCAGAAGACACAAACCAGCGUGUGCUUGGUCGUGUCACUCGGAACAUUGUUCCAUACCUGCAACCUCUGUUGGACGACGGUAAGGCUGAGAUUGUGGCCGAAAACGUGCACAAGCACUAUGUCGUGGAAGAUGAGCGCAAAUACGGGGAGCCUGUCAAGGAGGAUGAUGGUGAGGUGGAGAUUGUCAACGCCAACUUCUCUCUUGGGUAUGGUGGUAUGCUGCUAUUGUCUCACACCAACAUGCGCCUGUUGAAGGGUCACCGCUACGGACUGUGCGGUCGCAACGGCGCUGGAAAGUCGACGCUGAUGCGAUCGAUCGCGACUGGCAAACUCGAUGGCUUCCCGCCUCAAGAUGAGGUGAAGACCUGCUUCGUUGAGCACAAUCAAGGCGAGGAUGCGGAGAUCACGAUUCUUGAAUACUGCUUGAAGGACCCGGAAAUCUCGAAGGAAGGCCGAGAGCGUAUUGAGAGUGUCCUGGAAGAGGUCGGUUUCGCCCGCGGUCCAGAAGAUGCCGGCCGCUUCAGCCAGGGAAAGAAAGUCGGCAGUCUGUCAGGAGGUUGGAAGAUGAAGCUUGCUUUAGCCCGAGCCAUGUUGAUGCGAGCCGAUGUCUUUCUUCUGGACGAACCGACAAAUCACUUGGAUGUGGGCAAUGUCAAGUGGCUCCAGGACUAUCUCAAGUCGCACACUGAUAUCACUUCGCUCAUCGUAUCUCACGAUUCUGGGUUCCUGGAUGAAGUCUGCACAGACAUCUACAACUACGAGACCAAGAAGCUGGUGCACUACAAGGGCAACUUGGCAGAUUUGGUCAAGGUUCGCCCAGAAGCAAAGAGCUACUACACACUUUCGGAUUCGCAGGUCUCGUUCAAAUUCCCGCCUCCUGGAAUUCUUACCGGUGUCAAGUCCAACACGAGAUCUAUUCUGCGUAUGACAGACUGCUCAUUCACGUAUCCUAAUGCUCCGAAGCCCAGCUUGCAAAACGUUACCGCUCAACUCACACUGAGCAGCAGAGUUGCCAUCAUCGGGCCCAAUGGUGCCGGCAAAUCUACAAUGAUCAAGGUUCUCACUGGCGAAGUCAUCCCGCAGAGUGGUCGUGUCGAGAAGCAUCCAAACUUGCGUAUCGGCUACAUCAAACAGCACGCCCUGGAGCACGUUGAGCUUCAUCUUGAGAAGACACCCAAUCAAUAUCUUCAAUGGCGUUACGCUCACGGUGAUGACCGCGAGGUGCUGAUGAAACAGACGCGUGUCUUGACUCCCGAAGAUAAGGCACAGAUGGAAAAGUGGGUUGACAUUGGCGAUGGUAAGGGUCAGCGACAAUUGGAAGCUCUGAUCGGUCGUCAAAAAUACAAGAAGACAUUCCAGUACGAGGUCAAGUGGAAGAACUGGUUACCCAAGUACAACACGAUGGUUUCACGCGAGACGUUGACCGAUCUUGGGUACCAAAAGGUGAUCCAAGAGUUCGACGAUCAUGAAGCCAGCAGAGAAGGUCUGGGUUUCCGUACGCUUGAGCCAAAGGUCAUUUCCAAGCACUUUGAGGAUGUCGGGCUCGACCCCGAAAUUGCGAACCACAACGAGAUCUCUGGCUUGUCAGGUGGGCAGAAGGUCAAGGUCGUGCUUGCUGGUGCUAUGUGGAACAACCCUCACUUGCUCGUGUUGGACGAGCCAACCAAUUUCUUGGACCGUGACUCGUUGGGUGGUCUCGCUGUCGCCAUUCGCGACUACAAGGGAGGUGUUGUCAUGAUUUCUCACAAUGAGGAGUUCGUUGGCGCACUUUGCCCAGAGCAAUGGCAUGUCGAGGAUGGUCGCCUCACACAAAAGGGGCAUCUUGCUGUUUCGCUCGACCGCUUCGACGAGUCGUCGCGGCCUGGCAGCUCUCUCGCAUCUUCUGCCGCUCCUUCGACUGCAGCUUCAUCGGCAGCACCUAGCACGAAUGGUACACCCAUCGGUAGCGGGGCGCAGAGUGAAGACGAUAGCCCUAUGAAGUUCAAGGCGGCGAAGAAGAAGAAGAUGACCAAGAAGGAUAAGAAAGAGCGCGAGGUGCGUAGGAGACUGAGACACAUCGAGUGGUUGAACAGUCCCAAGGGCACUCCUCAUCCGAAAGAUACGGACGACGAGGAUGAGUAAAAAGGCACGAAAAGUACAAGGAGUGUGUGGGGAUUGGUCUGUUCUAUGCAUGGCGCUCGGCGUGGAGGCUUGUGUGUCCGUCAUCUUGACGAGACCCGGUCUGGGAGGCGUUGAGGGCAUGCUUGUUUUUGCAAAUGCUGCGGGCUGCGUGCUGGGCUGCUUGGGAGUCAACUGUGAUGACUGCAUGGGGAAGGCGUUGGGUUGUGCCGAAUACAGUACGUGAUAGAUGAUAGAUAGACCGAAAAAUGCCAACCUGGAAGUCGUGAUUGAAGCCGGACGGUUCGAACUAGUAUGGAAGGAUCGUG